CACGUCUGCUGCUGUCGUUCACAGCCAUUCUCACUUUAUUCGGAGGUUCCGCGCUCAAGCUUCGUUCUGUUCUUGCCCAUAGUGACUCCAAGUCUUCGGCGAGAUCUGGAACAGGAGCGCUUCACAUUCCCCGUCUACUCAGGUUCUCUGCCCGUCAUGAAGCUCUACCCCGUGCUCGCCUCGGCGCUCGCCGUCGCGUGCGUGGCCACAUCAGGCCUCACGAUUGUCGCCUCUCAGGAAGUCGCUGGCCUCAGCGACGAAGCAGGUUUCGCGCCCGUCGUGGGCCAAGAGGUCAAGUUGACACCGUCGCUAAGGAGACACCUACAGACCAGCGGCAGCGGCACUACCGAGGCCCCUACGACCACGGAACCGACGCCGACCACAGCCACGCCGACUACCACGUCGCCAACCCCGACAACAGCGACGCCAACGACUACCGCUCCGACGCCAACGACAGCGACACCUACGCCUACCACGGACGCCCCCACGCCUACGACGGCCACGCCAACGACGACCACAGAGACCACCGACACGCCGGAGGCUACAACCGCCACACCGACGUCGACCACCGCCACGCCCGAAGCGACAACGGCCACGCCUACAUCGACAACGCAGACGACGGAUACGCCGUCUUCGACCACGGCGGCUCCUACUGCCGCGUCGACGACGUCGUCCACCUCAUCGGACACGACAACUACGCCGUCAGCUACUGAUAAUGCGACAACGUCCAACUCAGGCUCGAGCGCCAGCGCAGGCACAGACACGUCGUCAGACUCUAGCAUGAGUACAGGCGCCGUGAUUGGUAUCGUGGUGGGUAUCGUCGCUGCUGUGGCCAUCAUUGCUACGAUCGUCAUGUGUAUCAUUCGCAGAAGACGCGAGGCGGACGACGACCCGCUCUCUCCCUUCGAGCUUUCCAUGGACAAGGGCUACAACCCCACACCAGGCGCUUUCACCGCACAGAACUCGUACAACCCGCGAGCAAUGGGGGCAACUGGUGCCUCGGCUAGCGGAUCGAAUACACGAACGCCCCCGGCAGACACCGUGGCAGCAGGUGUCGCCUAUUCUCAGUUCUACGACAACGCAGCGACGUCGCCGGACUCGAUGAACCGACUGGAGAGCAACGUGGACUCAGUGCAGACGGACCCUGGUAACCCCAACGCUACGAACGGCACGAAUCUGUGGCUGAGCGCCAUGGAACCCAAGGACAACGACUCGUACCUGAGCGCUCAAGAGUCUCCACGCUCGUCGCGCAACAGCAGCCGUAACAGCUACGAGCUCUCGUCGACCCACAACGUCGAUGCAGACCAGAGCAGCCAGCUCAGCGGCCACAGCAACAACAAGAGCGACGACUUCCCGGACCACCACGAUGACAACGACUCGGCUCGUGGCUCGUACGAGCUCUAAGUCGAUUUUUGACGAGAUUAAACUAUGUAACAGUGAGCGGCGACACACAGAGAUCAAGACGAGCGCAGUCUUCUUCUGUGUCGUCGGUUCUGUAGAUUGUGAAAGUGGUUGAAUGUGCGUACAUAUUUGGUUGGUUGGUAUGAGCUGCUGCUUGCUUCCAGAAGAGAAUGGAGCAUCUAGUUUAGCACACGCAAGGCAGGACGAAUGUUGAUUUUUAAAGACCAGAUCUGAUGUAAAAAGAUCAGACGAAGGCAAAGACGAAAGACAUUAUCCAACAACACGGAAUGUUUUUCUAAUUUACCAAUCUCUAACUCUCCUCGUCACUACUAUCACUAUCAGCGGCGUUGUCGCGUUUGACUUGUUCAAUGAAGGCUUCAAAGCCAGCUCCACCUGCGAGGUGAUCUACUAGAUCCGUUGGUGCUCGAUACCCGCUCAGAGGGUUCGCACGGAUUCCCUUCUUGGACUCAACCACCCGGAAGUCGACCACAUGGUGCUCGUCUUCUGUAUCCUGCGGCGUCGCUGGGCUCUCAGUCUGGAACUCCAGCAGCUCUUCCCAUGAGAAGAGCAGCGUAUCCGUAACUGCACCGAACACGUUGAUGUCCAGCAGGUAGACGCGGUGACGCUUGUCCACAUAAACAUCAAAACUGUAGUUAGGGUCCGGGAAUAAGAACUCGCCUUCAGCCUUGCGGAAGUUCUUCUUGUAGAACUCGUACAGCAGCUCACAGAGCUCGUCCUGCUGGUCUGGCAAGAACUCGUAAAACUCGUCACAAUUACGCUGCGACACAGCCACGAGACGGCGACCGACGACAAAGCACCGGAACAGCAUCGAGUCCAGGAAAUUGCACCACUUUUUGAGCACCAGGUAGCUUUCUGUCGGCGAAUUCUCGGUAUUCUCACCACUGCAGCCAAUAUAAGGCUGCGUGAGGUCGUGUACGACAAAGUCUGAGGCCUGGAGCAGCAAAAAUAUGUCCUCGAAGUUCGUGCACUUGAGUGAACCGAGCAUCCACGCAGCGUCACGUGGUGCACUCCAAUUGGUCUUUGGGAAGAGUUUGCCGCCAAAAUCCUGCAACACC